AAAAAGUUGACACUUCUCGAAAAAUAUAGCAGCGCAACGUGUAAGUCACUAGAUCUGGUCUUCUAGGCGCAUUAGCAAUUUAAAUUUCACUGAGUUAGCUUAUUAAGAAAAAAUGGAAAAUGAAACUGUAUCAAAUGAAGUUGAAAUUACUACAAUCGGCAGUUUUAUAAUCAGUAAACCGUCCAAUCUGCGCAAGAGAGAUUUUGAUUUGUCAAGUGUUUUAAAGAAGCAUGGUCUUGAUAAAUCCUUUGUUUUAAAUAUUAAGAACAAAACUGAGUCUAACUAUAUAGAACUUCUUACUGCCAGUAAACGAGAACUGGAGAAACUCGAUGACUUUGUUGCUAAUUUAAUGAAUGGUAUUAAAAAGCAUGAAUAUAACACUGAGAAAAAGAUAGCUAGGUUCUAUCAUAAUAAAAGACUAAAGUUAAUUAGAUUAUUAAACGAAGUGAAGCAUAUAAACGAGUUUUCAAGAAGAUGUAAGAAUAAAGCGUUUCAAGAAGAACUAUCCAAAAUGGCGGACAAAAUUAAAUAUUCCAUUAAGUAUACUUGCUCGAAGCAUUUAACGUAUGAAAAGAACGAAGUGAAUGAUCUAGAUAUUGGUUGUGUAUCUCUUCCUGAUUUUGAGUCGCCAUUAAAAAGUUAUGAGAUUUGUACAAAUGAUGAAUUAACAUCAAUUAUUUCAAGUUCAAGAGGGUUCUAUGGCCUUUUUGCAACAGGAGAAAUCCUAUGCGUGAAUAGUAAUGAUUUAAUUUGUUCAAAAGAAAAUUCUGUUGCAAAUAUUCUUGUUACAAGCGAUGAACAACUAUGCUACGUAGUAAAGGAUGGAAAUACGUCUGUAACGCUAACGAUUCUAUCAAGUCACUAUCAUAUAUUCGAAAGCUUUACUAUCUAUUCAGAUACGAGACCUUGUACUUUUUCACAAUUUGGCGUGUUUAAAGAUGUGAUAUUCUUAACAACGAAGAACCAAGUAAGAUGCUACGAGAAAAACGAUAUGGUUCAUUGGGUUGAAUGGAGUCUACUUGAUUCCAAGCCCGUUGUACUAGAAACAAAAGAUUGUAAUGCUUAUGUUGCUUCCGAAGAUUACGUCAUGAUUAUUAAUUCAAUCGACAAGACGACUACAACUCUUACUAGUAAAAGAUGCGUUGAAAAUAUUUCUAUUGCAAGAGAUAUUGUUGGAAAAAUUAACGAUGAUUGCGUAAUAUUGAUAAUGGAACAGAUUAUUCACGUGGUCGAUCCAGUUAGAGAAACAGAUAAAACGUACCAUAUGGAGACACUUUUUCCGGGUGAACAACUUAGAACGUAUCGUAUUCUUGGGAAGCAAGUUAUUUUUUGUCUAACUAGUAAGACCGAUCGAAUGAAGCUAAGCUUUAGACAUUACCCUCUUAAUCCCAACGAUUAAUGCGCUGAAGAUGAUUGAUUUCUUAAUAAUAUAUUUUUUAGAUCAUGAGACAUUUCACCUGAAAGAGUUGAAGAUGAAAAAAUUCAACUUAUUCAUGAUUAUUAACUUGAUUAUUGUGCUGAUAACAUAUAUGUAUGUAUGUUUGUAUGUAUGUAUAUUUGUUUGUUAGUUUAAGGUUAAAGGUUUUGUUUGAAUGAAAGUAUGGAAAUAUUUGGUUGAUGAUUGUAGCUUUUGUAAUAUAUUAAACAGAAAUAAACAUUUGAAAUG